AUGGAAUCAGGACUAGAGCAUUUGAAAAGAGCAGCAGAGAAAGGACACGUGGAGGCCUCAUACGUGUAUGGUAUGAUCCUCCACUCUAGGGGUGGGCAAUCAACAAAACAAGGCCUAAAGCUUCUAAAUGCAAUGAACAAUACUUGUUCAAAUUCAAAGAGCUUGAGAAUCCAAGAGUGCAGAGAAAGAAUCAAAGCCAUUAUUCACACAAUGUGGAUCAACAAUCAUAUGGUUAGCCAACAAACAAAUUUCUGUUGUCAUGGAAAAACUCAAAGCAUCACAGUGAGGGAGACAUGGAGAGGCCGCGUAGAAGAGGAUGACAACAUGAGCGGUGAAGCUUGUGAAUGGGAUAGAGAAGUCAACUUGCUUUGUAACAUGUUAAUGGGUAGGAGUGUUUAG